CCUACUUUUCAUCCCUGACAAGUUCGUGACAAUCCAGGCCGACGCUGAACAAAAAAUAAAAAGAUUUGUUUCUGUUGUUUAAUUUGUAUUAUUGAUCAAAAAUGGCUGAUGUACUGGACAUUGACAACGCCGAGGAGUUUGAGGUCGACGAGGACGGCGACCAGGGCAUAGUGCGCUUGAAGGAAAAGGCCAAACACCGCAAAGGACGCGGAUUCGGGAGCGACAGCAACACCCGCGAGGCUAUACACAGCUAUGAGCGGGUGCGCAACGAGGACGACGACGAGCUGGAGCCCGGACCACAGCGCUCUGUCGAGGGCUGGAUACUGUUUGUGACCUCCAUACACGAGGAGGCCCAGGAGGAUGAGAUCCAGGAGAAGUUCUGCGACUACGGUGAGAUCAAGAAUAUACAUUUGAAUCUGGAUCGUCGCACGGGCUUCUCCAAAGGCUACGCUCUGGUUGAGUACGAAACGCACAAGCAGGCACUUGCCGCAAAAGAAGCUCUCAAUGGCGCCGAAAUCAUGGGACAGACCAUCCAAGUGGACUGGUGCUUUGUGAAGGGACCCAAGCGUGUUAAAAAGUCCGAGAAACGUCGCAGAUAGUCGGUCGGCCAGGACUUUCAUCCAAACGAAUACUUUUUCAAUUAGUUUAAUGCAUAGGCAACAGUAUAGAGUUCGCACUCCAAUGAAAUAAACAAAGUUGACACUUUACAUAAAAGC